CGCCCGCUCCGCCGCCGUGAGCUUCCCGGUGCUGCGAGGGCUCUGGGCUGCUGCUGCUGGGGUGUUUCUCCUUGGACAGCCUGACCUGACCCUCACCCCCGGCCGCAGCUCCGCCGCCGCCGCUGCCGCCUCGCCGGCCGGCCUUACCAACCCCCUGCGUUGUAAGGUAUUGUGUGGGAGAGACCUCGAUGCAGGGGAAAGGACAGAAAUACUUAAAAGGCCCAAGGGAAAAAGCUAUAGGUCAAUGGCAAAUUUGGCUGCUGUACCUUUUCCCCUUGGAUUAUGAAUGAUCCGGCCCCAGCACCCAAAAAGACACAGGUUUUUAAUCCUUGCUUGUGCACUGGCCUCUCAAGCCCGUUUCUCUUUGCAGUGCUUUCAGCGUUCAGGCUGUGUGGCUGAAUAUGUUUCCUGAUUUUGCUCUCCUUCUCGUUCCUCUCUCAUGCCCCCAGGCUAUUUCCCAUGCUUUUCCUCACUCUCUGCCAAGCAGUGGGAAGGCAGCAGCCCUGUCUGACUGCCUGCAAUUAUGGGGACUCUUAUCUGCAAGCACACAAAUUCUCUGUUUGCCAUGGAAAACCUGAGGUCCCUGGGGUUUAUGGAGCAGAAAAACAUAUGUUACUGCUUUCAUGCCUCACUUGUUAAGGAGUCCUAAACUUUGCCAUCCUACUGAUGCAUGUUUACCUGGUUGCUCUUUGCUCCCAUUUGCUCCCAUGGCAUUUUGCUGUUUCCCUUUAUCCAUUUAACUUUGCCUGGUAAAGAUGGGCAGGAAUUGCAGACGAUCUUUGAAUUUUAAGAGAACUGUGCUUCAAAUCUAGAUGCAAGGACUGUGAAACCUCUUGCUAAGUCCUGCCAAGGACUGAAUUGUUUUUUUGGCUUCUGCAUCUGCCAUUUGCUUCGGUGUUGUUGAUGGGCCCAGUUACUGGGAUAUUAUCUUUCUCAGGAUCAGAUGCUUGUGAAUUCAAAUGUCAGUGUUUGAUGUGGUCUGAAGCACUGCAGAUUCAGCCGGACCUUGGGAGUUUGGGAGAUCUUGGGAUGUUUUUAUGGCUUCUAAUUGCCUUUUCCCAACUGUGGCAGCAGACUGAUAAUUGGUUACUAAGGAUGAAACCAGGAAGGAUGAAACCAUGAGACAGAGGAACAUGGAGAACCUGAAGGGUGACUGAGUGGAGGAAGAUGAGCUAAAGCCACUCAGAUGGAGGCUAGUCCCACCACCCUCAAGAGGCUCAAGUUUGGGAAGCUGAAGGUGGUCCGCCGGCGCUUGCUGCAGCGGUACGAGCACCAGCCCUUCAUCUCCUGCCUGGCUGGUUUCUACAGCUGCCGCUGGAGGCGGUACCAGCGCGAAAGGACUGAGCCUGGGAAAUGCUGCUGCAACAUGCGGGAAUGCAUGUUUUUCCCAUUGCUUGUUGCAGCUUUCUGCUUUUCUCUGGUCUUUCUGUACACAUGGGGUGAAGGUAAAAAUGACUACAACGGCUUUGACUGGUAUAACUAUGGUAACCUGGGCUUCUGGUUUCUCUGGUCUCUUGUUAUCCUGAUUGUGGCUGCAGUCUUGUUCGCAUACACCUCACUGCUACUGGUCCUCGCGAUGUGUUUGCUUGCAGAAGGUCAGCAGCUGUACCUGCACUGGAGUCACAAGAUUGGUACUUUUCUCGUCCUGGGCUUCACUAUCUCAUCCCUCUUUGCAUUAUCUAUACUCUGGCGAGAUCACCGGAAAACUGUCCGCCUGUCCUUCCAGGUCACAGCUCCUUAUCUCCACAUAGGGGCAAUUGCCAUCAUGGUCCUUCUUUCCUGGCCUGUGGCUCUUCAUGCCAUCAGAGCAGAUAAGAAAGUUAUUCAGGUGGUAAUUGUUGGUCCAUACCUGGCUAUCCUUCUCUUUCUUUUCUUGAUACCCCUGGGAAUGUACUCUCCUUGCAUCAGAGAGAAGGGAACACUUGGACCAAAGCCAGCCCUCAUUGGACACCGUGGAGCACCAAUGCUGGCGCCAGAAAACACUGAGAUGUCAUUUCUGAAGACAAUUGAGCAUGGCGGGGAUGGUCUUGAAACAGAUGUCACCAUAAGCUAUGAUGGGGUUCCUUUCCUCAUGCAUGACGACACCUUGAGAAGGACAACUAACAUCCAUGAGGUCUACCCUAAUGAGACUGGUAAAGCUGCUUCGUUAUUCUCCUGGGAUUCUCUGCAGAAAUUGAAUGCUGGAACAUGGUUCCUUAAGAACAAACCAUUUUUAGGGAUGGGCUCGCUGUCAAAGGCAGAUCAAAACCAGGCAAUGAAUCAGUCCAUUUACACGCUAAGUGGUUUUUUGCGCCUCGCAGACAGUCACAAUAAACUUGUGAUAUUUGAUCUCUACCGCCCUCCAGAGAGACAUCCUUACAGGAACUUGUGGAUCCGCAAAAUCCUGGACGUCAUCCUCAAGGAGUCGAAGAUUAAACGCCAUCUGGUUCUGUGGCUGCAUAACAGUGUGAGAUCCUUUGUUCAAUCUGUCGCUCCUGGGUUUCAGCACACGAUGGGCAGAAAGGCACCAAUAGAAGACCUAUUAAAGCACAAUAUUGUCAAACUCAAUCUGGUCUACACUGAAAUGUCCAGUGAAGAUAUCCGGAAAUACGCCGAGGCAAACAUCACCACCAACUUCUAUGUGGUCAACGAGCCAUGGCUCUAUUCCCUGGCAUGGUGCUCUGGGGCACACUCUGUGACCACCAAUGCCGUCCACUUGCUGAAGGAUCUCAGCCAGCCACUCUUCCUCAUGACUCCACGGCAGUACAACAUCAUGUGGAUCCUGACAGAUCUGACCUCUGCAUUCCUCAUCUCACUCAUCUUUGCUCUGCACUGGUGGCGAGAGAAGAAUUUCUCCUGCUGUGUCCAGGACAGUAACACAAUGAUAGAGAAUGGCACAUACAACAAAUUCAAGACAGAGCUCAAUGACAUGCCUGCCGUCCUGGCCUGACAUGGGCAGAGAAGGGACAUGGACCUGCCAUCUCGAUGAGGCUGAGGAGACCAGCUGGAGGGGGGCUCAGAUCUAUCUGGUGAGGAGGAGCCAUUUGCCUUCAUGGCCCUGCUGGAGAUGAGCACCAAUCUUCCUCUCCUACAGCUUUUGUCACACUCCCAUGCCUGUCAGGGAUCCUUGGGGUGUAGGAGAGCACAGAUGGACUUGCAGCCAUGAAGAAACUGUGCACUAUGGUGAGAUGCAGCAACCACAUGGAAGCCACCGUUUACCCCUGAGACCACUGGCAUCCCCCAGGGCAAUCAUUCGUGCUGUGUGUAAGCCCUGUUUUGACACAUGCUGCAAACUUCUGAGCAUCCUCCAGCCCUCCUCAUUCUCAGGUGCCCAGAUUUCUCCUAUCAGACCAGCCUCUUCUCCACACACUACCUCCCUUCCUCCCUCCUUGCAGGUGUCCACCACCCCCAAGAGCACACUAUCUCCACCACGAUGGUGCUGCUGGCUGGGUCAUUACAAUAGGUACCUUUCUACAACAGAGACAGGGGCAACUUUGGUUUUCCUUUUCCCCACUCUUGCCCUGCCAUAGCCUAACAGGACAGUCUCCUCCCCUUGUCUGUGGGUGAAGGCAUGUCAUUCCCAUGGGGGCUGAAGGAUUUAUAAUGUCUUGGCCAUGUAGCUACUGGGACUAUGACCGGUAACACACCAACAACUUUUCUUCAGAAGGAUGGAGCUGUGUGUGAAUUGGUCCCACCAAGUGUCCUGUUUGCUUUUCCCUUGGGAAGGUCUGUACACCUGUACUACACCCUGGGAUUUAUUCCAAUUUUCAUUUCUCCCAGGUGGCUGCUGUCACACAGUGGGGAGGGGGCCUAUGCUCUGUAAGGGAGAUGUAAACAUCUCUCAGGUUUAAGCCAUAUAUUUCUACUUGAACAGAUAAUAAGAAUACGUUUUUUGUAAAUUUCAAGUGAUGUUUUAAAUACAUUUUACCUCUCCUA